AUGGAGAAAAUUAAACUGUACGAAGAAUACAGGUUAAUUGAAAAAACGGAAGCAGAGGUUAAUGGAGCUUGGAAAGGUGCCCAUUUACUAUUGUUCUUCAUGGCGUUCGUUUUCGGAUCGUUCUGCACUUUUUGCUUCCACAUGAUGAUGUACUUGUUCGACGAGAAGUGCGUCCUAUUCCCGAAACUUCUGUCGCUGACCUCGCUUCGUAACAACCUCAUCUACGAGUUCAUUCCCGACGAGAAAAUGGCCGAAAUGCUGCCCGUGGACUUUCUCAGCACGCAAUGGGUCGAUAAAAGCGCGUGCUACCUGCCUACCUACGUUCCGUUGGUGUCCGGCAUUUUCGGCUUGGUUUGGACCACCAUGUUCCUUAUGUGCUCGGCCAGCAGUCGAACACUCACUGGUCUGCAAAGGCCUUGGCGCGUUCUGCCUCCGGUGUUCGUGUUCUCGAUACUCAUGGGUUGCCUCUGCAUCUACUCGUCGGCCGUGACGCACUACGGCCUCCAGGAGCUUUGCAUAAAGCUGGGAGAGAUCACGGGAAGCACCACCUGCACGUACACUGUGAAUGUGGCAACCCUGGCGUACGAGCGUCGCAUCCGUGGCGUGUACCAGGCCACCAGGCUCACAGUAGCGUCCGCCUGGCUCCACACGAUCUGUUGGCUGCUGUCUGCGAUGCUGGCAUUGGCGCGUGUCCUUCUCGCUGUCGACUUUCACCUCGUCCGCGUCACCGCGCAUCUACAAGGGAACAUCGAUAGAAUGCUGGAACGUUAUGAGAGACAUGUUCGCACAGUUACUCCGGACUUGAACGUUAAAGACUACAAUCUCUCAUACAGUGUGACCAGAGUUCACUUUCAGAAACCUUUCAAUAUCUACAGUCCAAAUGGUGGUAGUUCCUCAGCAACUAGCAUCACCACCGAAUCCUCUCGUUCUGUGAUUGUCCGCCAAUUCGGACAAGAGAGGAUCAAGUCCAUGUCCCGAGCAGAUUCACGUGUAUCACCUGGGGAGUCGCGUGAAUAUUUAUCGAUAGAUCUCCACGGUGAAGAAGAAGUUUACUCUGAGAUCAGGAAUGAUUUGGUGGUUAGUUUGAAUAAAACUUUGGAGAAGGCUAGAAACUACGAGUCGGUGAUGAACGUUACACCCGACAUGAUAGAAGUCUUGGAGAGGCAACAACCUGGUCCAAGCCAUCGAGAUACUCAAGUUGACGAGGAAAAGGGACCUGUUGAACCAACAGUGCCAGUUGAAGGCGAGAGAAAUCAUGAAUCUCGCCUUUCGCCAGAUACUCAACCAGACGUUGACAACAAGGAAGAGCAGAAAACUCGGAAAAAGGAAAAGCAAGAC